UGUUAGGAAAAUGUAUAAAGUGUAUCAAAUUGAAUUUAUAAUAUAUUAAUUUUAUUUUAAAUAAUUUCUCCGGAUUCGACCAAUUAGAAGAAGAUACGUAUCUGUUAGGUUUAUCGUGAAGCGGCCGGUUGGGCGGUGGGGACGUCGCGGUAAAAGAUAGGUUAGAAUGAAAUUUUCAGAUUCAGUGGAACGAUGUGUGUCAACCAUUGCUGUCGUUAGAAGCCGAUUUGUAGUGCAUUAAUCGAUAAUUUGUCGUCGCAAAUGCAAUUGCACAAAAAUAACAGUUUCGUGAUAAAUAAAACUUUAAAAUGAAAACAUUUUUGGACGUGGUUGGUGAGAAUAUAAGAUUUGAGAUUCUCGGAAUAAUAUGGAUAUUAACGCUUUGGGAACUUUAUCUUUCUCUUCGGCAGCGAAAGUUGAUGAAAAGACUCGAGAAAGUACCAGAUUUGUUAGAAGGUUUGAUGUCCCAGGAAGUUUACAGUAAAUCUCGUGUUUAUGCGCUCGACAAGAGUAGUUUCGACAUUUUCAAAACUUUAUUCGGAACUGCAUUCAAAACGAUUCUGAUACUUACUUUUGCAUAUUAUCAUGCAUGGAGAUGGAGUGUUAAAAUUAAUAACAAGAUUGGUUUGGGAAACAGAAAUGAAAUUUUGAAUAGCUGCACAUGCAUGUUAUUAACGAGCAUUAUUUCAUUUUUCAUCGAGCUACCAUUAGAUGCCUACAGCACUUUUGUUGUCGAACAAAAGCAUGGUUUCAAUAAGCAGACACCUUCGUUCUUCAUCAAAGAUAAACUAAAGCAGAUCGCUAUAAUGCAAGUAAUUUCAUUGCCAAUUAUGAGCGGUAUAAUGUGGAUUAUUAAAAAUGGCGGCGACCAUUUUGUCUGGUAUUUGUGGAUUUUUACCGUCGUUAUGAUCCUGAUUAUGAUGAUUGUUUAUCCCGAGCUGAUAGCGCCUCUUUUCGACAAAUACUCACCUCUUCCGGAAGGGGAUCUGCGGGAAAAAAUUGAAGCUCUCGCAGCUUCCCUCAAUUUCCCGCUCUACAAAUUGUACAUCGUCGAAGGCUCGAAAAGAUCAUCGCACAGCAAUGCCUACAUGUAUGGAUUUCAUAAAAGCAAAAGGAUUGUUCUGUUUGACACUCUUGUCAAGGAAUAUUAUAAACCAAGCGAGGAUGAUCCUAUAAAGGACCAGGGAUGCGAAAACGACGAGGUUGUUGCUGUUUUAGCGCACGAACUUGGCCACUGGAAGUACAAUCAUGUCUGGAAACAACUUCUUUUUGCUCAGAUCUCGAUUUUGAUAAACUUUUAUUCGUUUGGUAUGCUUUUGCAUUAUCGUCCGAUGUACGUCGCCUUUGGAUUUAAUCAUUCACAACCAAUUCUUAUCGGACUGAUUAUUGUGUUGAUGCACAUUUUAAUUCCAAUAAAUGAGCUCAUCGGUUUCCUGCAAACAGUCUGCUCGCGAAUAUUUGAGUUUCAGGCCGACAAAUUCGCGAAAGACUUGGGAUAUACGGAAUCGCUGAAAGGGGCUUUGGUCAAAUUGCAAAAGGACAAUUUGGGCUUUCCCGUGUUUGACAAAUUGUAUUCGGGAUAUCAUCACAGCCAUCCACCUCUGCUCGAAAGACUGGAAGCUCUGAGCAAAGAGGAUAAAGUGGGGAAAGAGGGGAAAGAGGAGAAAGAGGAUUAAGUGUCCGUAUGUAUUUUUAAGUGUGUUUCUACCAUAAAAAUGUAGAUUUUCGACUCUUCACAACUCGAACUCUGUGUGUACUCUCAAUAGUUAACAAGAACAAUUUUUUUAGUUUCUAGAAAGUACAUCAUAAAGUUUAAGUUACCUGAUUUACUUACUUUGUACAAAUUUCAUUUUCUAUGAGAUUUAAUAAGAGAAGUUUAUUCGUAAGUGUAUGAAAA